AUGGGGAACAAGCUGACCUGCUGCCUGAAGUCCAAUGCCAGCCCCAAGCUGGGCCAGCACUCUGGGUGGGUGAAUCGGGACGAGGAGUCUGGUGUCUGUGUGGCGGGCACCAGGAACUCGGUGGCAGCACCACCAGCCCCAACUGCCCUGGAACCUGCCGAGUUGACUUUCCAAGCCUGCGUGGGCCGCCCUGUACUGUACCUCGGUGACCUGGAAAUGCCCAGAGAGUUGGUUUUAGAAUUAAUCCCAUCUGACAAUCCAAGGGCAAGCACAAUUUUCCUGAAGAAAUCUCAAAUGGAUGUGCGAGAAAAGAAGAAGAACUAUUCAUACCAUGUAUCUCCAGGUCACCGUAGUGCAAAGUACAGCUCAUGCUCAACAAUAUUUUUAGACGACAGCACAGUUUGCCAUCCUAAUGUUAGAAUCACCAUGCAAUGCCUGGCAUUAGCAAUAUAUUACCACAUAAAGAACAGAGAUGCAAAUAGAUCUGAGGACAUUUUUGAUGAAAGGUUACAUCCAUUCACACAAGAAAUAGUUCCAGAGGAAUACUUUAAUCAUAAUCCUGAUUCCGAAAGCAUUUACAGAUUCAUUCACCCUUUUUUCAGUGCCACAAAGCUAACAGCUGAAUGGGCAAUAAUAGCUUUGGUUUACUUAGAAAGACUUUUAAUUUAUGCUGAGAUCGACAUUUGCCCCACUAACUGGAAGAGAAUUAUUUUGGGAGCUAUUCUUCUUGCCUCCAAGUAUUUGCACGACCGGGCUCUAAGGAAUGCAGACUUCUGCCAAAUCUUCGAGGGCAUUACAGUCAAGGACAUAAAUGACUUGGAAAGGCAAUAUUUACAUCUACUCCAGUUUCGUCUUAAUGUUUCCGCCAGUGUCUAUGCCAAAUACUAUUUUGAUCUUCGGUCCUUAGCCAGUGACCAUAGACUGCCCGUUGUGUUUGCUCCUCUUCGAACAGAAAGAGCACAGAACUUAGAGGCCAUUUCCAGAUAUUGUGAAAACAAAAACCUGUGCAUGGUGGCUAUAAAAAAAUCUAGCAGCUGUGAUAAUUAUACUGAUAUGCAGUAUGCCAAUGCCAUUUUAUCUUAA